UUAAGCAUUGGGAGAGAGAGAUACUCUGUUGGUGAAGUUCUGUUUCAGCCAUCAAUAUUAGGACUCCAUGAGCAUGGAAUAGUCGAACAGCUUGUCCGGAUUAUCUCCACAGUAUCAUCUGAGAACCAUAGGCAACUAUUGGAGAACACUGUACUUUGUGUUGGUACAACCUCCAUGACAGGAUUCGAAGGCAGGUUUCAGAAAGAGACAAACUUGUGCUCAUCAGCCAUUAGGCCAAUGCUGGUGAAACCGCCGGAAUAUAUGCCUGAGAGUUUGGGGUUAUAUUCGGCAUGGGCCAAGGUGGUGUUUCCACAGAAUCAGCAUGUUACUAAAGCUGACUACGACGAGACUGGACCAUCCGUGGUUCAUCGUAAAUGUUUCUGAUCCCAGGAAGGACCAUACUUCUUGUAGUAGCUGAGGAAUGUUUUUAGGUUUGACCCUAAUGAUCAUUAGACCACAUCCCGCUCAAUCUAUGUACCUUUAACCAGCUUACAAGAUUUAAACACUUAGACCAAAGUAAUUACUUUCAAUCUUAG